ACGCUGGAGAGGGAGGUGCGCGUGCGCCUGAGCGUGGGGAUGCCGGUGAAGCCGCUAUUCGUGGAGCGGCGCUACGCCUGUUUCUGCGCGAAGGCGUCCUCGCCGCCGAGGGAGAGGGCGCUACGCGGUUUACGUAGCGUUAUUGUGAAUGGGAAAGGCGGGCGGCGGUGGAGGAGGAGGAGGAGGGGGAUGAUGUCAGCCUGCGAAUGUCAACAAUGUAGCGAUUGAGGGGAGUAGGCGGCGUUCCGUUGGGGAGAGCGCGAGCCACGGGGAGAGUGUAACCAACAGAACGGGGGCAGCCGCCGCAGCAGUAGCAACACGCCGCCGGGCUGCGAAGGCACCGAGUUGCCACCGCCUUGUGCAGCCGCCGCCAGUCCCGAGUGCAGCAGCAGCAGCAGCGUAGCGAUUCCUGUGCGACUCCCCCUCCCCACGUCCCCCUCCCCUGCUGCAGCCUUCCCUCCUCCUCCUGCUGCUCCCCGUCCCCUCCCUCUAUUUUUCUCUGCAAAGACUUUGGAGGCAGCUGGUUUUUAAGCCAUCGCCAUGUGAGGUGCGUCUCCGCGGGUGCACAUUCCUAAUCGCAAAAAAUAACCCUCCCCCUCCCUCAUCAGCAAAUCCAGCCCCCACCCCACCCCCUUCCACGUCCCACUCUGCCCCCGAGCCCCAACGGGCUGGGGAGGCUGCAGCGAGAGGAGAAGGAUCGGAAGUUGCAGGCGAAGAAGGUAUAACUAUAGGUGUUUCUUACGGCAAAAAAGUUGAGCCACACAACAUCCAGUUGGAGAUAGUAAACUGCCUAAAGCAGCAAUUUGUUUGCCUGAAAAGAGUUGCCAGGGGCUGUAUGUUGGGUUUAUAUCAAUUGAGCUGCCAGAAAUUUGCCUCAUAAAGCUUUGAUGGUCCACAUCUUAAUGGAUUGCUGUAGCCUCUUAAUUUCUCCAUUCAUCCAGUUCCCAGCAUCGUGAGAAGAUUAGCCAGCACAGAACCUAGAAAAAUUACAUGUCAAAAAACACAUGCUUCGUUGGACCAACAGGGAAAUCAAAUUUCCAAAGGUGACAACUCAACCAUUGGAACACCUGGGUGGUAGACAUUCAUAUCCCCUCUGUACUGUUACCAAGAGCAGUCCAGCUGAUCUCAACUGUCAUGAUAGUAGGGUGUGAACGGAAUGUCUGUGGAUGAGAAGACUGAAUCCCCCAUGUAUGUGUAUGAGUCAACAGUCCAUUGUACCAAUAUCCUCCUGUGCCUAAAUGACCAGCGGAAGCAGGAUAUUCUCUGUGAUGUGACUUUGAUUGUGGAGGGGAAAGAGUUUCGAGCCCACCGGGCUGUGCUGGCUGCUUGCAGUGAAUACUUCUUGCAGGCACUGGUUGGGCAGACGGAAAAUGACCUGGUUGUCAGCCUGCCAGAGGAGGUCACUGCCAGAGGAUUUGGUCCAUUGUUACAGUUUGCCUACACUGCUAAGCUGUUACUCAGCAGAGAAAACAUCCAGGAGGUCAUCCACUGUGCUGAAUUCCUGCGCAUGCACAACCUGGAGGACUCCUGCUUCAGCUUCCUUCAGACUCAGCUGCUGAACAAUGAAGAUGGCCUGUUCCUGUGCAAAAAGGAUACCACCUGUCAGAGAAUGCACGAUGAAGAGAACUCUGAUGGAGAAGAGGAGGAAACUAUGGAAUCAGAGACUUCAAAGAUAUCCUGCCCAAGGGAAAGAAUGCAUCAGGAACCCUUUAACUUUGAAUCCACUAGUUCUGGAGCAGACAAGGAAGAAGGGAUGCUGCCUGACUCUGACAUGCUGAGAGAUAGCAAGGACAGUUUGGACAAAGACUCAGUAACACGGUACCCAAGAUAUAAGAAAUACCAGCUUGCUUGUACCAAGAAUGUCUACAACACAUCACACAUCAGUACCUCAAGUUUUGCAAGCACAUUCAGUGAAGAGAGUUCUGGAAAUGGCCUCAAAUCAGGACUUGCUGUGGGGCAGAUAAAAAGCGAGCCUCAGAAUGAGGAAAACGAUGAAGAAAGCAUCACGCUUUGCCUGUCUGGAGAUGAACCUGACAUCAGGGAUAAAGAAGGGGAUGUUGAAAUGGACAGGAAACAGCCAAGUCCCACUUGUGUUGACGGGUCUAAAAGUGUGUCCUCUCCUUCCUGCUUAAGGUCUUUCUUCAACAGAACAAAAAGCGUAGAUUUGGUUGGCUUCCCCAGUACUUCCCAACAGCACUUUGCCAGGGGUCCAGCAUGCCCUUUUGACAAAGGGACAACUCAGGGUGACCAGAAAACUGACUACAGCCCUUUCACAGGGAAUUAUGGACAGUCCCAUGCCAUUCAGAAGGAUACUUCCAACUUCACAAUGGGAUCGCCACUCAGAGGGCCUGGUUUUGAAGCACUCUGUAAACAGGAAGGUGAACUGGACAGGAGGAGUGUUAUAUUCUCUUCAAAUGCUUGUGACCAAGUAAACACUUCAGUGCAUUCAUAUUCUGGUGUGAGCAACUUGGACAAAGACCUCACUGAGACUGUGCCAAAGGGUCUGUGGGCUGGAGGCAGCCAAUCCCUUCCUAGUUCACAGACCUAUUCCCACAGUGGACUGACAGCUGAUCACUUGCCAGGAAGGAUGCGGCCUAACACCAGCUGCCCGGUGCCAAUUAAAGUUUGCCCUCGCUCUCCUCCUUUGGAAACCAGAACCAGGACCUCUAGCUCAUGUUCCUCCUACUCAUAUGCAGAGGAUGGCAGUGUUGGUUCUCCCUGUAGCCUCCCUCUGUGUGAGUUUUCAUCUUCCCCCUGUUCCCAAGGAGCUCGAUUCCUGGCCCCUGAACAUCAGGAGCCAGGCAUGAUGGGAGAUGGAAUGUACAACCAAGUCAGACCCCAGAUUAAAUGUGAGCCAUCCUAUGGAACAAACUCCAGUGAUGAGUCUGGGUCGUUCUCAGAAGCAGACAGUGAAUCAUGUCCUGUGCAAGACAGAGGACAUGAGGUGAAGCUUCCUUUUCCUGUAGAUCAAAUCACAGAUCUUCCACGGAAUGAUUUCCAGAUGAUGAUAAAGAUGCACAAGUUAACCUCAGAACAGUUAGAGUUCAUCCAUGAUGUUCGCCGGCGCAGUAAGAACCGGAUUGCAGCUCAGCGCUGCCGCAAAAGAAAACUGGACUGUAUUCAGAACUUAGAAUGUGAAAUCCGCAAAUUGGUGUGUGAGAAAGAGAAAUUACUGUCUGAAAGGAAUCAGCUGAAAGCAUGCAUGGGAGAAUUGUUAGAUAACUUCUCAUGUCUUUCCCAAGAAGUGUGUAGGGAUAUGCAGAGCCCUGAACAGAUCCAAGCCCUGCACCGAUAUUGCCCUGUUCUCAGGCCUAUGGAUCUACCAACAGCCACCAAUAUCAACCCUUCACCAGCUGGAGUAGAGCAAAACCUAGUGACAUCCCAGUGUGUUGGGGAAGGCAUGCAGUGCUGCUCAGAGCAAGACUCUGUGCAACUAGGAGCUCACUGGCUACCUAACAACGUCUCCGAAAAUUGUACAACCGGAAGAGGGCUUGAUGGAGCUGCCCAAGGUACUUACUCAGAAAGAGAGCUCCCUCUAGAACAGAGUAGCCAAACAGUGACAGUAGACUUCUGUCAGGAAAUGACUGAUAAAUGUACAACAGAUGAGCAGCCUAGGAAAGAUUACACCUAGUGACUUGUAACCUUACAUUACACCUGGUCAGGUGUUCUUCAGUCAGCCAGUGGCAGUAUUCAUUUGUUGUCUAGAAGAACGUAUUUGGUGCACACUACAGUGGUCUUAGCAGCAAUACUGUUUUUAAGUAUUCCCUCCUCUCUACAAGCAGGAGUUAUCUUCACAAUGGUGCUAUCCCUUGCUCAGGCAGGGAAUUAAACAGUGGCAACACUGUCUGUUUUUGUAUGUUAAUUUCAAUCUUAACAGGGAUGGACAUAACACCUCUGAGGACCCAACUGCAGCUUUUUUCUCAGUGACCCAUGUCACAAAACCCUAACUCAGGAAUUUCCUCUGAAUGUUCAAUUUUUCAUUGAAGACAGCUUCUUUACACAUCAAAGUUUUAUAGCUAAACUGUACAUAUUAUAUAUAAUAUAUAUAAAAUAUAUAUCUCCAUAUGCAAAAGUCCCUGCAUGCCUCAAUUUUUCUCAUCCUACAACUGGAAACUUUCAUUUAUAUUGUAUAAACAAGUUCCAACAUUCCUUUUUUGUCUUUAAUGCUAGAACUAGUUUGGUAACUUGUUACAUGAUUUUUUUUCUUGGUUCACAGUUCAGCAAUAUCAUUCAGUUUGUACUUAUUUAUAAAAUUUUAAUGUUGGAAGCUUAUCUGAGAUUUUAAUUAUAUCCAGGUUUUUGAUUUUGGCACAGCCAUGUUGUGCCAUUUGAGCAAUGUGGAUUUAUUUUAUUUUCUUGCAGAUACUGUACAGUAAUGGUCAACUUUGCCACUUGCACUGAGUUUCUGGUCAAACCUCUUUUCAUAAUGAAGUUGUGACUUCAGUAUAACUUGAGUAUACUGUAUUCUUUGCUUUAUAGUUGAAAGAAAAUUAUAAAGUUUUAGCUAAUAGAAAAAACACUCAGGAGAUGAUUAUGUAGGAAGAACAAUCUUGCCAAAUACUGAAUUCACCCUAUAAUGUGUAAAAGAAAAUCUGCUUGAAUAUUUUUAUAUUCUUUUUCUUUCCCAAACAAAGUUUAAAUGCUGUUAAUUAUGAUUUUGGACUAUAUGGUAAGAUGUAUUUUGCUCUUUAAUAAAAUAUAAAAAGUGGGUCAGUCAAGCAUAUGUUCCUAAAUUGGGGUCCAAGGUCCUCAAAGCCCAUUGAAGUAAAUGGAAACACACCCAUCAACUUCAGUGGGUUUUGGAUCAGACCCCGAAUCUGCACCCUUUCCCAGGCAAGUUGUCGCUACUCAGACGUAUAGUCCAAUGAUUCUCAACCUACUUACCAUUCUGGGCCACAUAUGCAGCUCUCUGUGUUAUGUGGGUCACAUCCAUAAAAUAUAUAUACUACCUGUAUGGCCCUGAGGAUGUCACAUGGGCUGCAGCUAUAUGCUGAUUGGGCCACAAGCAGGCCGUGGGUUGAAAACAACUGGUAUAGUAGCAUUGGUCCUGAUUUUGAUCUCCCACCAGUUUUACCAGGGUGUUACUCCAUUUACUUCAGUGGACUUACUCUUGAUUCUCACUGGUGUGAGAUCAGAAUCAGGCCUAUUGAAAUCUGACUAGUCAUGUAGGAAAGAAUUGCAAGAUCAGGCCCAUAACUGAGACUUACAGAUGUUUGCUUACAGAAGUCAAGUGAAUGCUGUAUACCCUAAGGAGCAAAACGUUACCUGAUUUGGUUGCUUACCAUUUGAAGUGUUGUGUUAUAGAAUCCUCUUAUUCUACAGCAUUGCCAUCAGCACAAGUCAACUUCUAAAAGAGUGCUGUCUCACAGGAGACUGCUCAGAGAAUUGGCUUAGUUGUAACUGUAUUGAAUUUGUAUCUCAAGUGAUACGGUGAAACAGGUAAUCAGUGAAUUGUGUUAUGAUAGCGUGGGACAGCAGCUUUCCAAGCAUAACAUCUAUGUACAGCAUAGGCAGAAAAACGUCCUCCUAACAUUUUUAUUAUGAAUUAGUAGUAAUAGUAUCAGUAUUAGUAGUAUUAUAAGUGUAUUGAAUUAUAUUUUGUGAUUCUUUUCCCUAUUUGCGCCAGGGUGUGUGGCUAGUACUGAGGCUUUAUCCUGGACAACACCACCCAUGCUGUACAGAUUGACAUUGUUCACUCUUGCUGCAAAAUUGACCAGCUGGGCACACCUGUUUGAAAAAGCAGCUUUUCACAAGCACUAAGUGACAAUAGGUUCUGUUGUGCUAAUGUUUACACUACGGGUGUGUCCUGGUGCUCUUUUGAGGCACUCAGUAAAUCAGCAUCUUUUCCUGGAGGAGGAAUCAGCUCCCUCUCUCCUCUAUUUUUGUGUUUUGAGAUUGUGCUCAUGGGCCGUCACGGACUUGCCAGUCUUGCUUCUGCUCUCUUCUCCCAAACGACGGUAGCCUAGCUACGGAGGAGGAAAUGCAUAUAGCAUGUGCCAUGUUUGUUGAAAAAUGUUUUUUCUGCAUGCACAAAGAAAUUAGUAUAUAAUGUAGGAUAUGUGAUUUUUUUUUAAAUCAUAAUUUAUGUUUAAGUAUUAACCGUUUCUGUGCAAAAUCCUUAUCUUUAAAUGUUCAGAGAUAUCCAAAUGCCACAAAUUCCUAAUUCACACAGUUGAAGAAGGGGGGAAAGUCAUCCUUUCUUUUAAAAGAUAGAGAUCUAAAUAUAUUGGAACACUUCCCACCCCCAGCCAUUUUGUGCAGCAAACUGAGCUAGAAGCUCUUUCUGGGGAAUUUGAUUUUCCUUUGAAUUCAUUGACGUUGCAGAACAACUCUGUGUUUGGCAGAGAUGUCUUGUUUCUGUGAGACCAUAGUGAAAGCUAGAGUUUAAAACUAAAUGUGAAUCACAUUAUAGCAUCAUAGCUAUUUUUUUUUGUCAACUGACAGUAUUUUAAAGACUUUCUGUUGCCUUUUUUUUAUUUUUAAGUGACCACCUAUAUAGAUAGAUGGAAUGUUUUAUGAGUAUAAAACAAAGUUUGAACUAGCAUCCUGACAUGAAGAUUUACCCUGCUAACGACUCAUGUGCAACUGGUACUCUUGACCUCAUUCCAACGGUUAAAAACAAACAAACAAAAAAGCCACCCACAGAACAUGUGCUGCAGCUCUUGGGAUCGACCCGGCUCAUUCUGGUGCUGGGCCUCCUGAUUUUCUUUUUCAUGGGAACUGAUAUUUAAAACCACUGCUCAAAUAAGUCUCUCUCUCUCGCUCGCUUUUCAAGCUUUUCAUGAUGUUUGAUUUCAUUCUUCACCGUUAGAAGUGACUGAUUUGUCAUUGCUUCCUUGACCUGUAUUUACGCGUAUAUGUUUUUGCUCUUCUGAACCAUGUGGCUCUCAAAACUGUUAUUGGGUUAACUUUAAAGGGAAACAUCUAGGAGAAUUAGCUUCAGAACUGGACAUGAGUUGAAAUAAAUAAUCUGAUAUUAAAACAGUUGACCAAAAAUCCAAUUUUAAAAAAAAGUUAACUACAAUAUUUAGCAAAUUAAGAGGUUUAGCCAACAAAAAUGUAUCUUUUUAAAUAAGGAUCAUGCAGUUAUUCAUGAAGAAAGCUGCAGUUUCUGGUCUCUAAUGUAUUGCUUUGAAAUUUUGUGCAAGAUUGGGCCGGGUUGUCAUAUUGAAUGCUGCACCAAUAUAGCAUGAGUGUGAAUUCUUGAGCCAUCUAGCUUUGUCCAGUACAUCUAGUUCUCCUUUUUAUUUACCUUUGCUAUACUUGUAUUGCCAGAAAACCUCAUUUCAUUUAGGCUUAUUAUACUUGUGUCAAAUGAGUACUACACUAUAUAAUGUAUUUGUUUCUCUGCGUUAUCUGGAGGUGCCUUGGAAGUAAUUAAAGUUCAUUAAAAGCUGAUUCUGGAACAAAGAGGUAGCGGGGAAAAAAAGGUCAGCCAUGUUAUCAGGACAUCUCAGUAUUUAUAUCACAGACUUCCUAACAUAUGAUGACUCAGGCGUCAGAGUUUGAUGCUGCAGUAUAAAACUAUUAUUUUAUAUAUUGUAUGCGUAAUUUAUUAUGUCUUUCUAAGAUAUAUGCUGCUUUUAAGAUGCACUAUAUUUUUGGAUCUAAUCCUUGUAUUCCUCCUCCCCACCCCCAGGAAGUAAAAAAUGUUGUGUUGCAAAGGCAAACCACAGUGAUUAGUACGCCAACUGCUACCUCUCUUUAAAAGGGAGAGUGGGAACUAGAUAAAAGUAACUUUGUCAAUAAAGAAUAACUGGCUGCCAGAGAAAUUAUUAAUGCUGAUAGUAUGGUUGUUAAUCCUAACUUCAACACUUUGUUGAGUCUUUAUUUUAAAAAGCUUAAAUAGAAAUGCAUAUUUGUAUAGUUAGAUUUUUAAUAUUUAACCUUAUGAUUGCCAAUGAAAGAAAACAAACCUGUAUGCUGGAGUUGGCAUAAUCCUAUAAGAGAAAAUUUGACCUUUUAAGGAAAACAUGAUGAAACACUGUAAUUCCAGAAGUUAGAUCACAUCCUCACUGGUGUCAUAUAUUCCAUUGCUGUUUAUGUUAAAAUAGAAAUAAAUCUGGGAUUAGAGAACAGAACUGUAGUGUAUUUUAACAUAAAACAUAGGGAAUAUUAGUCAAGCCUACACAAGCUUGCAUUCUAAUCUACUUCAAGUCCUCCACAGUUAAACUGAUUACCUUGAUUUAAAUGAGGAGCAAUCUUCAUCUCCUUCCAAUUUGAAAUACGUUUUGUGAUGAUUUGUUAGCAGGUUCCAUAGUCUACAUUUGCAUCAUUUUAAAUGUAUGUCUUUUAGAUUCUGUCUAGAAAAGGUUUAGCUUCAGUAAGAGCAAUGGAGUUGAUGAUGUAGCCAAGAGGAUCUGCUGAGUAUGGCAUGUCUUAAUGUUUCUAGCUACACCUUACUUUAGAUAAAAAUAACACAAAGAAUUUAUAUUCUGUUGCCUCCUACAACAUAUAAUGUGUAUUUUCUCUACACAUCAAGGUUGUAUUGUAGUUUGUCUCUGCCAAGGCAAUCCAAAACUUAGUUAUAUAUGUAAUUACAGUUAGUGUGUGUAUGUUCACCUGUUUAUAAUACAUAUAUGUAGAUUUAUAAUACUGUUUGAAAUAUUUCAUGACUCAGGCAUCAGACUUGAUGCUGCAGAAUACAAUAUAUGUGUAUAUACAUGUGCAUUCAAAAAGUGACUCUUUAUAUAAAAAAAUCUAUUGUUGGUGGAUUGUAGAAUAAUAAAUUAUUCUCUUUAGUGUGAAAGAUAUAAUGGCAUUACUUGCAAUGACAAAGUGUACAGUAUUUUCCUACACUCCACCAAGAUAGGUAGUAUUUAUAUCAAAUUUUUUACUGUAAUACACAUAUAAUGCUGCCAUUGGGCAAAUAAAAUCCCCUUUUUUGGCAGUGAGGAAUGCUUAAAAUGCUUUUUUUAAAACUGUGACAUAAUAAUUAGCCAAAUCAAACAAUAGGAAAAAUAACAGUUGGGUAAAUCCCAUUCUUAUUCCAGUUUUGUUAACUUUAUAUGAAAUAGCCGUUUAUGUAGGUGUAAUCCACCCACAUGAUUAAAAAACACACAUGCAAUGCCGAAAUUGUCGCUUUGGGCUGAUUACGGGCAUACAGAAAAUAACUGACUUUGAAAAAGUGGAUAAGACAGAAUUGUCAGUAUUUGAUUUUGUCCACUUCUUAGAACUGGAGAUGGCUCCAAAACCAAACGGGGAUGCUUGGAUCCACAGACUUUUGGGAGAGUCCAGAAUCUGAACUCUGGGUUUCGCAGCUGAACCCAUCACUAUAACAGGGCCAAGCCAACAACCCUAAAGUUUAUGGUGUGAUGGGGGAGCAAUUUCAUUAUCUGGAUUGUUGUUCUCUCUUGGACCCAUCAUAUUUAGAACACUGCAUUUUCCUGAGACAAGGUUAUCCUGCAUUUGUACUAUAACUGAAAGAAUUGUAUGUGUUUAGAUACUGUACUCGCUACUCAUGCUCUGACCGAAAGUAUCUGGAUCCUUCAGACUAGCAGAAAUUAUACUAAACGCUUUGGUGAUCUUCGAUGCUUGUUAUUUGCUAUUAAUUUCAAGCAUCACCUUUUGAUUUCAAGAGUGGAAUUGCCCUAAGAGUUUGUUCCAGAACCAGUUGGAUACAAGUGCACCUCUAAUAUAUGCCUUACAGAUUUCAGAGGCCAUAUUCAAAACAGGGUUUUAUCCGUGUAUGCAAGGGGGUACAACCCCUCUUCUCUUCCUCCACAGGUCAAACAGUAUAUGGACAGUUUUCACACAUAUCUACCUGUAUAAUCCUCUGUACCUCUCAUAACUGGUCAAUGACUGUAACAGGUUACAUCAGGUGUUUUUCUACAUACUUUUUACACAGAUUCUAUGCGAUUAAUGUAACUUAAUUCAAUGCAUCAUUUUAUUGUACUAGUUCUUAAGCUUGUCUUUAUUAUUUUUUUCUAGGUGACUGUGGUUUCUUGUGAUUUUUAUUGUAUAAACGAGAUGGCUGUUGAUGCUUAUUCUCUGUUACUAAGAAUUUUUACCUUUUUGGAAAAAAAAGCAUUGUUAUGAACUAAUGAAUUUAAAACUUCAUUUACUCAUUGUAAAUACAGUAUUGUGCAAAAAAAAAAACUUUCCAUUCAUUUGAAUUGCUAGUGUUAACUGAAUUUUGUCUAGACACCAUUUCUGUUGAUGAAAUAAAGACAUAUCAUUAUGUAUUGUAUAUCAA